GGGUCCGUCCCCCCACCCCCACCCCACCCACCCCCGGCAGGGCGCGGCAAGAUGGAGUUAGCCGGGGUGUCGGCGCCCACGGUGACCGUUUUCAUCAGCAGCUCUCUCAACAGCUUCCGCUCCGAAAAGCGGUUCAAUCGCGGCCUCACGCUGGCGGAGUUCAAGUGUAAACUCGAGCUGAUCGUGGGCAGCCCCGCUUCUUGCAUGGAACUAGAGCUGUACGGAGUAGACGACAAAUUCUUCGGCAAGCUGGAUCGGGAGGAUGCGCUGUUGGGCUCAUACCCUGUAGAUGACGGCUGCCGCAUCCACGUCAUCGACCACAGUGGCGCACGCCUGGGCGAAUAUGAGGACGUGUCCAGGGUAGUGAAAUAUGACCUCUCACAAGAAGCCUACGACAAGAGGGAAAACUCUGCCCGAACCUUCCUGAAGCGCAGCAAGCUGGGCCAGUACAACGAAGAGAAGCGAGCACAGCAGGAGGCCGAGUCAUUGCAGCGCCUGGCUGAGGAGAAGGCUCAGGCUAGCACCAUCCCCGUGGGCAGCCGCUGUGAGGUGCAGGUGCUUGGGCACCCCCCACGCCGGGGUACCGUCAUGUAUGUGGGAACCACAGAUUUCAAGCCCGGCUACUGGAUUGGCGUCCGCUAUGAUGAGCCUCUAGGGAAGCAUGAUGGCAGUGUAAAUGGAAAACGCUACUUCGAAUGCCAAGCCAAGUACGGCGCCUUUGUCAAGCCAUCAAAGGUGACAGUUGGCGACUUCCCCGAAGAAGACUACGGGCUGGAUGAGAUGUGACAGACAAAUGGCCCAAGCCGUCAGCUCCUGCCACACCCUCCCUCCAUGCCCCUGGCCCUCUUCCUGUUCUGGGGUUUAUUUUAUUUCAUUUUAUUUACAUUUUCCUUGCCAUGGACUUUUAAGACCCGUGCAUUAAAUUCUCUAAAAGUG